GCCGCCGCCACACGACGCCGGCGUCGCGACGACACGAGCCUGCAACGCCGCCGGCGUCUCCCGCGGAAACCUCACAGUACGCCGCUGCUUUGCAUAAUCAACCUCCUCCGUUUGGAGGGGCGGUGCCAUGGGGAAGUCGCUGCCAGCGGUGGCUGCCGGCCACUGAGGCCAGAGAUGAGCGCCUCACCCUUCCACGGGAGGCCCUUCGUCUUCCGCGUCAACGACAACGGCGGCGGCCCGCACCUGCUGCUGCAGGUGUGCGUGGAGCGCGGCUGGCGCGAGUACAACUCUGAAGCCGGAGGGGGCGCGCCGCGCGACACGUGGAACCUGUGGUGGCGCACGUCCGGCUUCCCUCUGUCCCACUACAAGCAGCUCAAGGCCUGGCAGUUCACCAACCACAUACCGAAGGGCUCCAUGAUUUGCCGGAAGGACAACCUGGCUCGGUACCUGCGCUGCAUGAGGAAGGUUUACGGCCCCAUCUACGAUUUCAGCCCACUGGGAUACAACCUGCCACUGGAGUACACCAAGCUGGUGGCAGAGUGCACGCGCCAGCGACGGAACCACGAGUCCUCCGUCUGGAUCUGCAAGCCCGUAUCGCAGAGCCAGGGCCGCGGCAUCUUCCUCUUCAGGAAAGUGAGCGAGCUGACGUACGACUCGAACGCCGUGGUGCAGCAGUACAUCGAGAACCCGCUGCUGAUCGGAGGCUACAAGUUCGACCUGCGGCUGUACGUGUGCAUCCCGUCCUACCACCCGCUCACCGUCUACCUGUACCGCGAGGGCCUCGCCCGCUUCGGCACCGACAAGUUCUCGCUCAGCGAUCUCGACAACCCCUUCCGCCACCUCACCAACAGUUCGCUCAACAAGCUGGGCCGCGGCUACACGCAGAAGAAGGACAGGGUUGGCGCAGGCUGCAAGUGGUCGCUGCGGCAGCUGCGGCACUACCUCCACCAGGCAGGCCACUCGGACUGGCUGCUGUGGCAGAAGGUGGCCGCGCUCGUCGUGCUCACCGUGCUGAGCCACAGCCCGUCCGUGCCCACCACGGCCAACUGCUUCGAGUUCUACGGCUUCGACGUCCUCGUAGACUCCUCUCUCCGGCCCUGGCUUCUCGAGGUGAACCUGAGCCCCGCGCUGGGCAACGACUGCGACGUGGACGCGGCGGUGAAGAAGCCGAUGCUUCACGACAUGUUCGACCUGCUAGGACUGCCCGUCUGCAACACGGGGCUGUCGCUGUUCGCCGUGUUCAGCGUGGCGCCGGCUGAGGCGGGCGGCGGGGGCGGCGGCGCCAGCGGCUGCGGCUGCAGCGGCAGCUCGGGGGACGAGUCGGAGGAGGCGGGGGCGGCCUCGCUGGAGGCGGACGCCGGGGGCCGGCGGGGGCCCGGCUCCGCCAUCGCCGUCGUCACCGCCGCCAGCAGGUGGAAGCGGCGCCACCUGCUGGUGAGGGAGUCAUCGGCCGGCGUCGGCGGCCCGCGGGCUCGCAAGAAGAGCGCGGGGGCGUCCCCGUCCCCCGGUGCGCUGGUGGCAGGUGCGGGGGCGGUUGCCGGCCGCAAGGCGCACACUGGGCGCGCCUGCACGCCGCCCCCGCGUGCCGCCUCCGGCCACGCGCUGCUCGUCGGCGGCCCCGACUGCAGCUCAGAGUUCGGACCCGGGAGCGAGGCCUCCGACGACCCUUGGGCGUGCUGCUGCUACACACAGGGGCUCCGCAGUGGCGGGCGCUGCUACAGCGGUCGUGCGGCGGACCGUGCCGCCUCCGCCGCCUCCGCAGCCGCGUCCGCCCCCACCGCCAUGUGGGGCAACGGGCGCGACUGGCGGCGGCCGCCCGCCUCCGAGGGCGCCUGGGUGCGCCUCUGCCCGCUGGACGACCGCGCUGCCGCCUCCGCCGCCUCCAGCGCCGCCUCCGCGCCUGCCCGCGCCCCUUCUCCUGGGCCGCCAUCUGUUGGUGACAGAGAGGUUCGCGACGUCGUUGCUGCAGUCACCCGCUACGUCAAAGCAGCGCGAGACAUCUACCGGCGAAGUCCACAGCUCUCCGACGCCGACUACAGCGCUGCCAUGCGGGAUGCGCUCGCCAUUAGUGCCGAAGUCUGGGUGCCGCCUUGUUAGUGCCGAUGACCGGAAAGCAAUCAGCCAAAAGCGUUAAUAUUUAGAAGAAAAACGUUAAGAGUGUUCAGUAAAAAAGUGUAAUGAAUUACACUUUUUCCCAGGUUUAAGUGAAGGUGUGACUCUAACUCAAAUUCAAGAAACAAAGAGAGUAUACUAGGUUAAUCAUUUAAAACUGCCACCUUUGAAUAUUUUUCGAUUGGGAAAUACAGUUAACAAAAUGAAAACAGACACAUUCAGAUACUCAUACAGCUACACUAUAAAG